UUGGGCAGAUCCCCACAUCAUUACGCAUAGGUAUUUCGUGAUUUGGUUUCCUCAACCAAGCUGAUGCCAUUACGUUCAAGCCGAAAGGUCUUUAUUUCUUGCACUUGACGAGACAUCCAAGGUUUGUAUAAUAAUUUAAAUGUUUACAACACUGGAUCUUCUAUGUGGACUUCAAAUAUGUGUGGCACGAGUCAUCGAUGAGUCGUGAACUUCCCGUUCUACGUGGCCACUGCACCCUCUUAAUACUGCCAGUUCCUCUCAAAGUCCAACGCGUCAAACUUCGCAGAUGGCGACAUCAAGGCCCCAUAUUAUCUCCUCCAACUACGAUCGCUCGCACAUCAACCCGCCUGACACCGCCACGCCAAACUUCUCAUAUUUUUGCAACAGUAAUAAUGAUGAACACCACCUCAAGUGACAGGUUCCUGAGCAGCAAUCUGCUUCUCCCAGUCUCAUAUGCAAGUAUUCAAAUGCUUUCAUCCAUCUAUCGCGAGUUCAAUGCAACUCGACUGCAGUUCUUAGACUGGGUCUCCAGAAACCGACUAUCGAAAACCUACACGAGGACGUCCGUUGCGACAUCUUGGUGCACCUGCCUGAUAUCACACUCGAUUAAAUAUCUUUCCGGAACUUCUCAUUUGAGCUGCUACUCUUCGCAUCGCCUCAAUUUCAUCCUCCUGUUCGCUUGCUCUUGCAUGGUGCUUUCUCCCUCUCCAACUGUCUUUUCACGCCUCACAGCUCACACGCAUCCUCUCGUGCUCGCCGCCUUCGUCGUGGAUAUCACGAUUAUGUGUUGUACUGUACAAUGCACACAGUGAUUUCAAUACAUAUUUCGUCUCACCCUGUUUUCUCAGAUUUUUAGCCCUGAUUACAAUGGAAACUUGGACGGACCACAGGUGCCUGCAACAACAAUGACCUUCUGUUCAGCUUCUCAGUCCGCCAUCCGGAAGCACCGAUUUAUACGCUCCACAGCACACGCACCACAGCCUCUCUGACGGAAUCGUCGUGCCUGGUCCAUCGUUACGUGCUCUCACAAACCAGCAUGAAUAUCAUGC